GGUGAUCGAUGAUCGAUGCCAAAUGGCUCCAAGAUGGUACUAAAAGCAAGUUGCCAUAUCUCGCGAGCUGAGCAGCAUCCAUCUCCAACAGGAUCUGCGUACAUCUACUAGCUAGCUAUAUUCUGUAUGUGAUUGUCAUCUCUCAUGCAUCUAUCUAUAUGGCUAAGCUGCAGUACAUCUACUAGCUAUCAAGCUAUGUGAUUGUGAUCUCAUCUAUCUAUAUGGCUAAGCUGCAGUGCAUCUACUAGCUAUCAAUCAAGCUAUGUGAUUGUGAUCUCAUCUAUCUAUAUGGCUAAUAAGCAGUAGCUAGCAUCUAUCUAUCUAUCUCUUGGAUAUAUACUUGCAGCCCACCCUGCCCCGGCCCCCUUGUGCGCGGCGCAGUAUAUAAGCGGCCGGCACCUGAAGCAUCUCUUGCUAUCAAGUGGGACUCUGGGAGUGUCCACCACCGGGCACUAGCCAGCGGAGAAGAGUGAGUGUGGCCACGAUCGCCAUGCCGAAGCUGCAGAGGUUUAGAGGAGUGAGGCAGAGGCACUGGGGCUCCUGGGUCUCCGAGAUCCGCCACCCACUCCUGAAGACGAGGAUCUGGCUGGGCACGUACGAGACGGCGGAGGACGCGGCGCGGGCGUACGACGAGGCGGCGCGCCUGAUGAGCGGCCCCGCGGCGCGCACCAACUUCCCCCUGAGCGUCAGCGGCGGCGGGGGCACGCUCUCCCCGACGCUGCGCGCGAAGCUGGAGAAAUGCUGCACGGCGCCGGCGCAAGAGCCGCAGCACGGCGCGGACGUGUCGCGGACGGGUGGUGGUGUCGGUCGGGACGACGUCGACGGUAGUAGCCGCAAGGAGGUGCAGGCUGCUGUCAAAGUCGACCCUGACGCCGACGACCCCGACGGCGAGGAGUACAUCGAGGAGAUGAUCAGGGAGCUCACCUACUACGGCCCCGUGGAGAUACAACAGCACCACCCGCCGUCCGCCUCCUCCGCCGCCGCCGCCUCGAGCUCGGCGAUUCGGUGACUGACUGACGAGCUAGCUGCCUAUAGGAUAUAGCUAGCUAGCUAGCUAGGCGCUGCAGCCGUCGUCGUCACCGUCUAUUCUACAGCGUUUGUGUUGUUUUGGUAGGCUAGGCAGGCACAUUAGCCGUCCGUUAGGUGGGGCCCGACCCGGAGCCGGAGGAACGCGAGUCGCGUUUGCCCGGCCGCCGGGGCCCGUUCCUGUUCCUGUUCCUGGGCUGGAGAUUUGGGAUUCGGGUUGAGCGAGCCGUGUACUACUACAGAACGGGAAGGGGACCAAAGGAUCUUUCGGGAUAAGGCCUCUUGAUUUGGUUCA